ACGCGGAGUCGAAAGAGAGGAUUGAGGAAACGGUGCGGACGAUUCUAGAAGGAUCCAACAUGGAUGAGAUGACAGAGUCGAAGAUUCGGAAGCAGGCUUCCACCCAUCUCGGCCUCGACCUCUCCCAGCCGCCCCUCAAAGCCUUCGUCAAGCAGGUCGUUCAAGCAUUCCUCGACGAGAAGCAGCGCCAACCUGAACCUGAAGCAGAUCACAACAAGCCGGAGUACGAUGACGACGGCGAUCUCAUCAUCUGCAAGCUCUCUGAGAGGAGAAGGGUCACCGUUCAGGACUUCCGAGGCAAAACUUUGGUCUCCAUUCGCGAGUAUUAUCGAAAGGACGGCAAGGAACUCCCUACCUCUAAAGGAAUAAGUUUGACAGAGGAGCAAUGGUCAGCCUUCAAGAAAAAUGUGCCUGCUAUAGAAAAGGCCAUUAAGAAAAUGCAGUCCGGCAACAUAUAAAUGUCUCUUCAAGUCCGCUUGCAUGUCAAACAAAGUAUUCACCUCACUCCCCAUGGGCCAUGAAGACAGCUGACAUUUCAACUCAAGCGAUGUAGCGCUUUUUUGCUCUUUUAUUUUGGCAAAUAUUCUGCAUCAUGGGGUCAUUUUGUUUUGGGGCUUGUAAUCACUGUGAAUUAUGUACUGUUUAAAUUACUGCUAUUGGAAUCCUUGUAGCUAUUUUCAGGAAGACUCUGAAGUUAGGCAAAAGGCCAAAAAUGAAUGCUAGUACUUUACAUUAUAUUCAA